GUCCUUGCUGGUAUUAACUACGUGUGACGUCGAACGGCGACCAUAAGUUUGCUAUCACCAGCUAUGACUGAAUUCAAGCCAAAGGCUUUUACCUGUUACACCUGCUGCUGUGUAUAUUGAUUAUUUUCUAGUAGUUGCCCUAGAAUUCCACGAGCGAGUUUCGUUGGUUUUAUUUAAUCCAGAUUAAAAUAAUCUUUAUUGGUAUUCUGUAGAAUAUGAAUCAUUCUUUCUUAUUACAUUACAACGGGUAAUAACAAACAAAAGUAAAUUAUUCAGCAAACGUAUCGACAGGAUUUCUUUUUAAUAUUCUGCCUUAUCGACAUAAUCGAUUUCAUUCUACUGUAAGAAAUGUAUCUUUAAUCGUUUGAGACCCAAGCACCGUGAAAGCGCUGUUUAGAUUUUAUUUUGAAAAAUCUCAGUAAAUUUGAACGCUAUGGCUUAAGAAAGCACUAUCGCGCUGUUUGGCAUUUUUUGACAAUAUUUUUUCAAUGACUCCUGGAAUUCAAACGGUCAAAGAAACGUAAAUUAGGCGGCAUGAAUAAAUUCAAAGCGAAUAAAUUAUUUUUAUAAUACUACAAUCAAAUCGCGCGCUCCCAGUCUGAUUAUCAACUUCAGAAAUUUUACAAUCGAAAAUAGUAUAACACAUAUAUAUUUAUCACAUGUUAAUUACAGAUACGUGAUUAUGUUAAAAAUUUCGAGACUUUUCGAUAAAACAAUCGAUCUAAUAGUGGAUCGAAAUAAUCCCUCAAUUUUUGACAGAAGGGAGGGAAAAGGGAUACUAAAAAUUAACGUUUCACCCGAUUACAUAAAAUGGCAAAGGCAUACUUGGAUCCGUGAAAAAUACGAAGAAUUUUUAAAUCGAAAAAACGUCGAGGAACAAUGUACACAAGAAUCCCUGAUGCGUUUGCAUGAAGCUUUUCUCGUCGCGGAAAAGGAAGCAAUGAACGAAAUGCAGUUACAAGAUGCAUUCAAAAAUAUAUUAAAUAUAUCGAUGACCGACGAAGAAUUUCAUGUUCUCUUUAUGAAGGUUAAUUUAAAAAGAGACGGCUCUGUCACCUGGGAUGAAUUUAUAUCUCAUCUGCUGUUAGAAUUUCAAGAAAAGGACGUAGCUCUUCAACGACAAAUGCUGAAGCUUCCUUUGAUUGGUUUACCAGAAACAUUGAGAACUCGACAUCGCUGUCCCGUCUGUAGGAUAACAUUUUGUCCCGAAGUUCUUCCGGACAGAAGCUCAAGCUUUCUUCGCGGUUGUUAUUUGACAGCAAGUCGUGAUGGUGCCAUAAAUUACUGGUCGCUGGAUCUUGAAUACGAACGCAGUGUCCAAUCGAUGAAUCCACAGUUAAAGAUACGACCUACAGCUAUAACGGAUAUGAUCGCAAUGCCGGAUAUACAGAUAGUCUGCACGAGUUCAACGGAGCGCGAUUUAAGAUUUUAUGAUACCGUAGCUAAGAAAUUCGAUCUGAGGUUAAUGAUAUCCAGUUUUGAGCAUGCAGUUACGUGUAUGAGUUAUUACUUCAGCGUCGACAUCAAAGAGAAUUCUUAUAUUAUUUUGGGCGACAUGAGUGGAUCUGUCAGAGUAAUGUCAUUCAGUCCCCUGGAUAAGGGUCCAUUCAAGUUGGUACCGGAACAGGAAGUGCUGCAUCUUCGCUACGAAGCUGUUGCGGACGGUGAAUUGAAGGGGAUGAAACUUUCUGAAUUCAAAAAUAUCCACAGCAACUGGGUGAGUCAAGUUGCAUACUACGACAAUCUGAGAGCCUUCAUAUCCUGCUCCAGAUGCUCAGAAUGCUCACUGUUACUCAGCGAUCCUACGACUGGUUUGCGAAUGCAAUACAAAUUUCAAAUUGCAAUGGGUAUAACCUGUUUCAAUUUUUGUGACGAAAGUAAUAUACUGGCCACUGGUGGUCCAGACUGUAUAGUCAGAGUUUGGAAUCCAUUUGUACCAAAGAAGGCAAGUUCUGUAUUCCAAGGUCAUCAUGCUGCCAUAUGUGCUCUAAUAGUGCAAGAUAAAGGCAAACGUAUUUAUUCACUGUCUAAGGACAGAUGCGUUAAAGUCUGGGACGUCUUUGACCAAUCUUGCAUCCAAACUUACAACAGUCUACCUAGUGAGUUGAGUGAACAUACUCCAAUGUCAGUGGUUUACAAUGCGAUCACUCAUAAAAUGAUUAUUGCCAGUAUGCUGAUUGCAGUUCUGGUUUGUGACCCAGUAAUUAAUCAUGAAACUUCUGACGGUUAUACGCAUACAAAACCGGUAACUUGUGUACUGUAUAAUCAUUUGUUUAAAGUGGUGGUAACGACAGGUCUGGAUUCUUGUAUUAUUGUUUGGGAUCCAUGGCGCGGUCGUCGAUUAUAUUUAGUGACAAAUGCUCAUAGUGUAUUGUUAUAUGGGCAAUACGUUGGCAUUGAAAUAACAGCUGCAUGCUUUGAUACUUCUGAACAGUUAUUACUUACCGGUGCAAGAGACGGAACGUUGAAAAUGUGGAAUUUCAAUACUGGUACUUGUAUAAGAAAUAUGGCAAUAGAGGAUCAAUGUGAGAUAACCAGUAUAGUUUGGUUGAAGAAUCGAAUACUGUGUACUGGUUGGAAUCGUCAUGUCACUGAAUUCGCAGACACGGAAACUGGAAUUCACACGAAAAGAUGGGAAACUAGGCAUACCGAUGAUAUACUCUGUACUGCCGUAAAAUUUCCACAGGUAUUGGCAACUUCGACAUAUAACGGUGAAAUGAUUUUAUGGAGACUAGAAACCGGUCAGCCUUACAGAAGAUAUCAUGUUAGCAAUCCACCUGGAAGAUAUACAAUUGUGUACAAGAAAGAAGCGAGAGAUAAACUCGAUGGGCUUUCAGUCAAACUCUCUAAGGAUGCCAACAUAGGAACACAGCUACCUGAAAAAAACAAUGAAUCUAUUUUAAAUAUAUCAACGGCCAUGACAACGAUUUCAUCGGAGCAGCAACCAUCGGCUUUGAAUAUCGUAAGACCAGUAGCAAUUCACGCAAUGAUAUUCCUGACAGCAAGACCAAUGGCACCGAAAAGUGGUAGCAUAAUGGUCUCUUUGGAAUCCGGUUUAAUUCAAGUUUGGAGCCAUCAUGCAAGUUCUGGAUUUUUAGUAGCUUUCUCAGCCAUUCACACUCGUGGCGAUUAUGCGAUAUCUUUGGCUACGGAUCCAAAGAAUGAUUAUCUAAUAACAGGGCACACGGUUGGUUACAUAAAGGUUUGGUUACUGACAAACUAUGCUUUGCCAGAUCCGCCCCAUGUGUGUCUGGGUUUGUUAAAUCUUGAAUUUCCAUUUCUUUGGAAAGACAGAAUACCAGGCAGAGCAAAGAGGGCUGCGGCAGAUCAGAAAUAUCCCAUGUUAUUGUCCUCCGUACAAGCCCACACAAAGUCGGUGAACGCCUUAGAAUUUAUACCAAGUGCGCGGAUCGUGAUUAGUGGAAGUUCUGAUCAUAGUGUCCGUUUGUGGUCACUCAGUGGACGCUAUAUAUCUACACUUGGAACGUAUACUCCUUGGAUUCCAAUAUUACCUGACGUUCCAAUUUUCAAAUAUUAUAAUCAGUACAAACUUCCGCCGGACAUUAAAAGAAUCGCCAGUUUCACUACCAUGAAGGUAUUUCAUGGUGGUAACAUGGACAUCAAAGGCGCAGGAAAGUCUGCUAAAACUGAAUUAGCCAGAGAAGUUCUUGAACACGAUCGACAUAUUUUGUACGGCAAAAGGUUAUCGGCACCGAUUCUUGGACAUUAUCAUAAAUUGCCAUCGCGUUCCAAGACUUUUGAAGUGCCACCGAUUCUUGACAAUUCAUUAGCAUAUAUUCCUGUAUAUACGCAUUUACUAACUUACAAUCUGGAGCCUAUUGAGAUGCCUGAAACACCACCAUUUCUUAAGCGAGAGAAAUCGGACACACUGGACGGGAUGCUACAGAAAAAGUUGGCAAAGCCAGCGCAAUUGACUGGAAAACACGAAGGAAAUGGAACCAAUGAAUUCAAGUCAACUCAUACCUGAUAAAUCUCCAUAAAUUUCUAGAUGAUACUUUUAUAUUAAC